AUGACGCUCAACGACGGCACCGUGAUCGACGACACGCGAAGCGACGCGAGACAGGGACAGCCCGUGACGAUCACGCUCGGGGACGAUUCGCUCUUCGCGCGCAUCGGCGAAGAGUUGGCGACGAUGACGCCGGGAGACGUGCGAGAGAACGUGACGCUCGCGGCGAAAGACGCGUUCGGCGAGCGAGACGACGCGAAAGUGCAGCGGUUUCCGCUGUCGCCGGAAGAGGCGCAAUCGAUGGCGUCGCAAGUCCAAGUGGGACAACUCGUGCAACUGCCGGACGGCGCGCGCGCGCUGUGCCUGGGGCUCGACGGAGAGAGCGUGACGCUCGAUCUCAAUCACCCGCUCGCGGGGCAAGAUUUAUGCUUCGAGCUCGAGCUCGUGUCCAUCGCCGAGGGCUUGAACAUUUUCGGCACGCCCAUGGUGUCGUUCACCCCGCCUCAGCCCGCGUCGCGUUGA